CCAUUGUGGUGAUCAGUGUUUGCUUUACUAACACUGUAACCAUUUAUUUAAUGAUUUGUAAGUAAUUUAUUUGCACACACUUAGAUAUCCAACAACACUCAUCAUAAACCUCAACAAUAGACAAUCAUCAAACUAAUUCAGAUAAAGAAGUUUUUUUAACACAAUUUUGUAACAGCCAAAGAACACUCAACAUUAAAAUACAUGAAUCAAUAGCUGAACUAAAGCAAAUGUUGAUCACCACAAUAGUGGUUUGCUAAAAAUAAUUUUUUUUUAAUGUUGAUCUGUGAUGAGAAAAAACAAAUACAGUUCAUGUGAAAACAUACUUAUGCUGGAAUCCUAGGUAUGUGUGUCUUUGUAUUCUUGUUUUCUCUGUUUCAUUUAAAAAACAUUGCAGUUCUUGUGAAAGGUGACUUCCCCCACCUGAUAGUUUGUUUGUGCAAGCAGUUUAUUACAACCUACAGCAGGGGUGUCAAACUUAAUUCCAUCCUGGGCAACAACAGCAUUACGGUUGUUCUCUGUUUGUAUUUGUAAGACUAUAAAGGUAUCAACUCUUUUCUUACACUGCAUAAUUAUCUUUGCAAUCAUUUAUUAAUAACUUAAUUAAUACUUAGUUUUGAAAGUAGAACCACACACAGUAAAAAGUACCCCACCCAUGUGAACAGAGAGUCCAAAGUGCUUACUAUUAUGUAACUACUAUUAUGUCACUACUAAAGCCAAAGUCUGGUUAGAAAAACUAUAGGCUCUCCCCUAACUCCAUGACUGACUGGCAGAAACGUUCAACAAAGGUACUGGUUCAUUCCAAAAGACUGUUAUGUUUGUACAUUAAACUUGGGAUCUUAUAGCAACUGCACAAGAAAACAAUGGAGUUUGACUGUAAUAAGGACAUUUACAGAACUCAUCCACAGACAAACGUCAGUGCUGUGGCUCAGAAUAGAAGCAAUAUUACAGCACCUGUUUUUAAUAAUUGCACAAUAACCGGCAAUGUUCCCAUAACACAUAAUGCUUCUGGUAUCGGUGGAUAUCACCCUGACAGUGACAAAACACCACCAUCAGCAAACUCAGUGAUUGUCCAAUAUAAAAAGCGAAUUUGCAGUGAGUACCAGCAUGUUACAGAGUAUAACUCACUGCCUGGAGAAAAUGUGCUGCUGUGUCAGCGCUACACUGAACCUCUGAUCAUUCAAAGACAUAGAGAUCAAAAAGAAAGAGAAGAGGAGAUCUCCUCAAAAGGAGAAAGUUUUCAGCAGGUCCUCAGCUCCAGGAGCAGUCAUGAAUCUGUCCUGAACUCUCUGUUUCACACAGAUGACCAUGGGAUCACUCCUAGAGCUCUCAUACUGCAGGGAAACUCUGGGAAUGGAAAAUCUUUUGUUGUGCAGAAGAUCAUGAUGGACUGGGCAUCUGGUAACCUCUACAAAGAUCAAUUUGAUGUUGUGUUUCACUUGAAGUGUAAAGAAAUUAACUGCAUUCCUGGUGAAAAGAGUUUGUUGGAGCUCUUGAGCUGGAGUUGUGGUUUAACUUCAGAUGAGAUCUCACAGAUGCUCCAGUGGUCACCAGAGAGAGUGCUCUUCAUUAUUGAUGGGUUUGAUGAACUCAGACUCCCACAGGACGAUAAUAACGUGACAUCCCCCACAGAUCCAGACCAGAGAUGCACACCUGUGCUCACCCUUUGUGCCCUGCUGAGAGGACAUCUCCAGGUGAACUCCUUCCUCUUGGGCACCAGCAGAUCAACAGCUACAGACACUUUAAGCAAACUGCUCAAGAAACCUCAGCGUUUCACUGAGAUUAUGGGCUUCUCUGAAAGGGGGGUGGAGGAGUAUUUCCAGAAGUUCUUUCAGGAUGAGAAACUCUUCAGGAACGCUUAUACGUUUGUGAAGUCAAAUGAAACCCUGUUGACUGCCUGCUCCAUUCCUGUUAUCUGCUGGAUCAUCUGCACAGUUUUCAGAGAAAGAUUAAAUGAUGGUGCAGAUAUAACAAGUGGUCUGGAAACAACCACAUCCAUAUAUGUUGACUUUGUGUUCACUUUACUGGAGCAUCACAGUCAGGGUUUGAAUCAAUCUGUGCCAAACCUGCUGAUGAGUCUGGGACAACUGGCAGAGAGAGGGAUGCUGGAACAACAAGUUCUGUUUGAUGAGAAAAUUAUAAAUGAAACUGUGCAAGAUCCUGCAUGCUGUCCAUUUCUGUGCAAGUUCCUCUUUAAAAGAAGAAUUCAGCAGGAGACAAUGUUCAGCUUCAUGCAUCUCAGCUUUCAGGAGUUCUUCACUGCUCUGUACUAUGUCUGUCUGGAUAAAGACCAGGCCAUGAUGAAUCUUACCAAGCUAUGUACCAUUAGACACACACUACGUGAAUCUUUUUAUCAGCCACCACGUUUUUCGGAUGUGGUGAAGUUUGCUUUUGGUCUAUUAAAUAAGGACUUGCAAUGCACACUUAUAAAGCAUGGUCUGUUUGUUCAUCAAAAUGUAGAGGCCGAUCUGAAACAAUGGUUUAUAAAUAAGAUUUGUAAAAGACCAUGUUUCUUAGAUCCAUUUGUGUUUAACUAUCUUUAUGAACUGCAUGAAAAGAGCUUUGUGGAAGAAGCUAUGCAGACCUGGAAUAAGAUUCAUAUACGUAGCACAAUCUUACGAAGAACAGACUGUUGGGCUUUGAUGUACUGCGCUCAGUGCUGCCACAGCGUCAGAUCACUCAAUCUUGGUUCUUAUUGCGAGUUAACACCUGACAAGUUGUCUAUAAUUCUGCCUGUAGUCCACAAGUUUAAGAGUUUAAGCUUGAAAGUAGGAAACCUAACAGACUCUGAUCUUGUUGAUCUGAUGUGUGCUGUUACAGGUGGAAAGACCCAAAGGGUUAAUGUUAUCCCUGAAUGUCCUGCAGAUGAACAUUGUUCUGUCAGAUCACUAGAACUGUCAGUCAGUGAUGAUGUGUCCAGUGUCUGCUUAGGUUUUUGUUAUAGCAAUGUGGUACGGUCACUUGGUCUCACUCUACCACGGUCAGAGGCUAUCGACUGGGCAAAGCUUUUUCAAAUAUUUCACAAGACAGAUUUGGAUGCCUUCACGUCUGCCAUCCAUUAUCUGCCUGAACUUAAAAUGCUGGAACUGAAGGUUGACUUUCUGAAUAAAAGCUUGUCUCUUUGGAGUCUCUCCAUCAGCCAGAAUGUCUCCAGUCUAACAGAACUCAAGAUAAAUGCAGAUUUUUUACUGGAGGAGGGAAUUGAGAUCUUGCAAAGGUCACACACAAGGCCAAACUGCACUUUGACAAUUGAAGGGUUAAGAUGCAACAAGCAAUCUCAAAAAUGCACACGGCCUAAAUGGACUAUCCUUGAACUGAGCUGCAACCAACAUGUGGUGAUUUCUGUGAAUUGUCAGGGUUUUACUGAGGAGACUUUUGAAAGGCCUUUGUUUUGGAACAAAAUCUACAGUUUGAUAACUAACAGUAAACUAGAGAGCUGACGUUUUUGAAGCUGUGGAUGAAGAUAGAAAUGAAAUAUAUAUAGGCUAUCAAGUGCAGCUGGAUGUUGUAGUUAUGUUCUUAUUAAAAUCUUUAAAAUUCCAAGGAACUGUUUUUUUUCUGUAAAGCACCUGUAAAACAUGCAAUGUUUGUACCUUUUCUGUAUUUCAUAUACUAUAUUUCAUUUUUUUAUUUUUUUAUUAUUUUUGUUUUAAUUUACUAUAGUUUUGUAGUCAAAGUGAAAGCAUGGAAGUCUCUGUAGAUAUUGUGUUGUGAUGUUAAAACUUUAUUGUCAGUCUUGGUGUUGUUGAUUUUAUUCACAAAGAACUUCCAAAGCAUGAUACAUGACAGUAAUCAAUACACUUUAGACAUCUUAAACAUUUCUUAUAUAACCAUGUCAGAAAUCAUAUUUUAAUCAUAACAGUCCUAUUACUUUACGAUCAACUAUUGUUACACAUGAAAGAAUUACAGGACAUGACAUCCUUUGCUUGUGUGUUUUAUACCUUUCAAACAUGGGGCCAUUAAAACUGUUAUGGUAAUACUCCUAAAUUCUCUUUUUUUGUGCACAUGAAGGAUAAUUAAUCGAUGCCGCACAUUCAAUGAAAAUAAACAGCUAAUUUUGUUUCA